AUGUGCGCCUGCUCCCGCCAGCGCGGCUGGGUCUACCUCAACGACUGGGGGUGGGACCCGACGGACGAGUUCGUCAUCGAGCGGCUGAUUGGCAAGAUGGUUGCCGACGGCGGGGACGUGCCGGGGCGGGAGGGGGAGGAGAUCGCGGCGGGUACGGUGCUCUACAAGGUGCUGUGGGAGGGCUGGCCCCCGGAGAUCGCGACGUGGGAGGAGGAGGACCAGGUUAAGCAACCGAGCAACGGAGAUGGUGGGUCCAAUGGUUGGCUCAUGGCAUGGUAA